GUUCCCUGCCUAGGCGCUGCUUUUCAUUCGCCCAAAUCGGGACAAAUUUCAGUGUAAGACAAACACAACCCUGUGCGCUGCGCAUCCCUCUUUGCUUUAUCGCCAUCAUCUUGCCUUCUUAUAGGCGGAUAGAUACGUUGCACUACCUUUUUGUCUCAGAUGAUCAUGCCACCAAUCACAACUUCACCUAUCCGUGGUACCAACGGGCCACCACAAGCCUUUUCGUUUGGCUUUGGCAUGCACAAUCAUGGCAAUGGUGGCAAUGCACCGAUCUAUACAACUGCAACAAGCUCUACUAGCAGCACAACAAAGCGUCAAAGAAGCGUUUCACCAUCAGAAGAAAGUGAUGAUACCAUGGACGCAGCUCAAUCUACAUCUGCUCAUACACCUUCACGUUCCCUUCAAGCUUUGCCCAAAAGGAUGAGAGCAGGUUUGGGAAAUGCAAGCGGACGGAAGUCGAGAGUUUCUUCAAGUCACUCCCCUCCUGCAUCUGGCCCUUCUAUUUCACAGCAAAGCGCAGAUGUUGGAAAGAUGUUGGCCACCUUGGACAAAGCAUCCUUGUUGACCGUCUUUUCUCGAUUGCUCAUGGCCGAUCCAUCCUCUGCAGAACGGAUUCAAGGUCUCAUUCCAACACCAACACUGGCUUCUGUAGAGGCUGCUUUGGAUGAAAGCCAAAAAGCGGUAAAGAUGCUACUGUUAAAUGCGGCAGAGAUGAGGAAUGAAUUCUCUUGGGGACGUUUACGCAUGCCUGUGGCCGACUUUGUUACAACAUCGAUGAGCUUCUUACCUUUCUUCGUUGCAACGGACGAAGAGAACGCAACCACCUCUUCCGUACACCCUAGAGAACCACCACAUCCAUCAACAAUGUAUGCAUUCUUGCAUUUGAUCACCGAACGUGCUUUGUUGAUGAUGGCCGCUUUACCUGAUUCGCCAACGAAUCUGUCCAUCUCACUCUUUUCUCCUGAUGCCGCCAAUGAUGGACAUCCGAUCGUCAUGGCAAACGAAACCGGAACGCCAAAGAUGAUACUGAAAGCAUAUCAUGAUGCCAUGUCUUCUUCGGAUGGAGGAUCGAUCGCAAACGAGAAGUUGUCUGCUGUGAAUCCGAAUGCGAUUGUGUCGCAAUUGAUACCACACCUACUCCUUCAUUGGGCACGAUUGGUGGAUUGGGUUGCAAGAGCCGUUAAUGAAGAAGGAAGAAUGUUUGGUGCAGAAACCGUUCGAGGAUGGUUAGCAGGAUUGGAAGCGUUAACCACCCUUCGUUCUUUCGGCGGAAAUGAAGACGAACAAUCUUUGGAACGAAACGAAUUGGAGAUCAAAGCUUGUAAAGCCGCUCUGUGUGCCGUUGGACGACGCAUGCAAGAACAAAUUGGUUGGUUGAUUGGUAGGAAUGCCGGUAUGGGUUGGCGAGCAAGCAAUAUGGAGUUCUGAAUUAGGGAGAGAGGCAUUCGACAUACAUUAUCAUAUUUAUUAAUUUCAUUUCUCGGCUUUCUUUAUAAUCGUUGUACUACAUUCACACAUCAUCAUGAUACCUUAUCUCAGCACAAGCAUUUAAUCAAAUUCAGUUCACGUCAUCAUAAAGUCAUAGAUUGGAAAGAUCAUAAAGAGCCUAGAAGUUGUUUUUGUGUGUUUUGUAUUUUAUGAAAAAGAGAUGAGAGAGUCGUAGAAGCCGAGAAAGACAAGCAGGAAUGAGUCGGGUGUGGGUCGGGAGGGGGGAAUGAAAAAGAGAAUA